AUGUGGGCCGCUGUUCUGUGGGCCGACUCUUUCGGUGUCGAAGUUCGAGGUGUUGAGCGCGUCCCUGAGGACGAGCGCCACCACGCACGGCCAUCCGACGCUGGCGCUCUGUGGGCCUCGGCGAACAUGACCAUCUCGACCUUUUCUCUUGGCACACUCGGCAACUCGAUCUGGUACUUGGAGCUCACCGACGCCUGCUUAACCAUCCUCUUCUUUAACCUGCUCUGCACGAUUCCGGUCGCCAUCUUUUCGACCUGGGGUAAAUCGACCGGUUUGCGCCAGAUGAUUGUCGGUCGCUACUCGUUCGGUACUAUUGGUAUCUACAUACCCAUCAUUCUCAACUGCAUCGCGUGCAUCGGAUGGAGUGUCGUCAACACCAUUGUCGGUGAGUGGAAUUAUCGCCCGCUUCCGAUAAAAAUGCAGGUCACUGAUCUUUAUCAUACAUACUUGGGGCACCCGAUCCAGGUGGUCAAGCUCUCGCCGCCGUGUCCGAGACGCACAAUCUCCCCGUCGUCGCCGGUAUCGUCAUUAUCGCUAGUGUGACCCUCUUUGUCGCUCUUUUCGGAUACAAGAUCGUCCACACCUUCGAACGCUACGCCUCGAUCCCCGUCGCCAUCAUCUUCGUCAUCAUGCUCGGUCAAGCUGCUCCGCACGUCUCGGCCGCCAUGGGCCCUCCCGGUGCUGCGACGGCGGCCUCGGUUCUUUCAUUCGGUGCUACGAUCGCAGGUUUCGCCUUCGGGUGGACUUCGCUCGCGAGUGAUUACACUGUCAACCUGCCCGCCGAAACGUCCAACACCAAGGUCUUCGCCUGGACCUACAUGGGUCUCAACGUCCCCUUGAUCUUUGUCGAAUGCCUCGGCGCGAUCAUGAUGGCCACCUUCAAGCAAAAGUCGACGUGGGAGGAUGCUUAUAACUCGCACCACCUCGGUGGCUUGCUCGGUGCCCCUCUCGUCGGUCCCAUGGGCGGCUUUGGCCGCUUCUUGCUUGUCAUCCUCGGCCUGUCGAUCAUCGCCAACAACAUCCCCAACAUGUACUCGUUCGCUCUUACAUUCCAAGCGUUCGGCAAGGCCGCGCAGUCGAUCCCACGAAUGUUUUUGGUCAUGAUCGGCACGGUCAUUUACAUCGGCUUGGCGAUCGGCGGUAGGAACAGCUUUGAAUCCGUGCUCGACACGCUCUUGGUCAUCCUCGCGUACUGGCUCAUCGUCUACAGCGUCGUCCUGCUCGAGGAGCACUACAUCUUCCGCAAGGGCUCGUUCGCCAGGGGUUACGAUCUCGAUGCGUACAACACCCCGUCCAAGCUUCCCAUCGGCCUCGCGGCUAUUGGUGCGAUUUGCUUCGGUAUCGCCGGCGCCGUUGUCGGCAUGUCCCAGACAUGGUAUGUCGGUCCCAUCGGCAAGAUGAUCGGCCCUCCUCCCUUCGGGUAAGUCGAGAUUGAUGACAAUUGUCCUGGAGACCCAAUUAAAGCAUGAAAGCUGACAUUCGCCUUCUUUUCUCCUCGCAGUGGCGACAUUGGCUUUGAGCUCUCGGGUGGUUUCGCCGCGAUCGUUUACCCCGCACUCCGCUACCUCGAGCUCAAGUACGUCGGUCGAUAG